CAACCUAUUGAUCCGUUUUUUUCCACCCAGUAGUUUCUCUAUGAAGGUCAAAAUGAUAUCCCAUGAAUAAAUAAUGAAUUUCUACAAACUCAGCCCAUGAGUAAUACAAACUGACCAUAGUAAGUGGGAGGUGAAACAAAAACAACAAACAAACCGCAGGUGCGUGGCGUCCACAACGUGCUUCUCAGACUCUUCCAUCUUUACUUACAACAAAAACCACAGGGGCCAAAAUGGCUUUCGGCCGCCGGAUGGACGGCUGCGGCAACUUUAUGAAGUACAGCCUCUUCAUCGUGAACAUCAUCAUCCUACUUGGCGGGAUGAUCGUGGCGGCUCUGGGUCUCUGGACCGUCAUCGACCGAUCCUUCGCCAACGAGCUCCUCGGGACCAACCUCUACAUCGGCGCCGCCUACGUCCUCGUAAUCACCGGCCUCCUAGUCAUCUUCAUCUCUUGUUUCGGCUGCUUCGGCGCCAUCAAAGAAGUGCGCUGCAUGCUGGUCACGUACUUCAUCGCCCUUUUUUUAAUCUUCGUGACGAUGUUAAUCGGGGGGAUCUUAGGUUACGUGUUCAGGGAGAAGGUUGACACGACGGUACGCAACGGGAUGAUUGGUUCCUUGAAGUCUUAUGGGAACUACCAACCGGUGACGGAUGCCUGGGAUGAAACCCAGAGUCGCUUGAUGUGUUGUGGGGUUAAUGAUUACAAAGACUGGAGGGACAACAUUCCCGAUUCUUGCUGCAAGCCGGUUCUCGGGAGGAGGCAAAGGUGCAACCUUUUGGUGGAGCACCAGAAUUCGUUUACUUUGUACACGAAUGGGUGCUUGGACGUGACGAAGGAGUACGUGAGGGACCAUGCCGUCAUUAUAGGGUCGGCGGGGGUGGUGGUGGCUUGUUUAAUGAUUCUAGGGAUGGUGUUUUCGUGUGUCUUGUUCAAGAUGCUGGAGUGAGAAAAUUUUUGUUAAGUAAUUUAAUUAUGUCUUUGUAUAAUAAAGGUUUUUUUUUUGUACACAA